AUGCCUAUAUUCACAGUGAAGGUAAAAUGGGGAAAAGAAGUAUACCCAGACGUGGAGAUAAACACGGACGAACCGCCACUUGUUUUCAAGGCUCAACUGUUCGCCCUAACUGGUGUCAAUCCCAACCGCCAGAAAGUAAUGAUGAAGGGUGGCACCCUCAAAGACGAUGUAUGGGGCAACAUUCAGAUAACUGAAGGCCAGAAUAUACUGAUGAUGGGCAGCAAGGACGAGGACGUACCCAUAGAACCCACUGUUAAGCCAGUGUUUGUUGAAGACAUGACCGAGACACAAUUGGCUACAGUCACCAAUAUGCCUGCGGGUCUUACCAAUUUGGGCAACACUUGUUAUUUGAAUGCUACUGUUCAGUGCCUUAAGAUUGUACCUGAAUUACGACAAGCCCUGACCGAUUUCAAUGCAGCAUCAUCUUCAACUCUAUCUAAUUUUGAACCGGCUGAGAAAAUCACAAUUGCAAUGAGUGAUUUAUAUCGAACCAUGGAAUCUAAUCAAACAAUACCACCUCUUGUACUUGUACAAGUAUUACAUCAAGCAUUCCCUAGAUUUGCAGACAAAGUAGAAGGACAUUAUAUGCAACAGGAUGCUAAUGAAUGUUGGGUAGAAUUAAUUCGUAUGUUACAACAAAAGUUACCAGCGUUGAAAAAUAAAAACAACGAUAAGCCCACUACUAAUUACAAAUCUACAAUAGAUCAAUUUUUUGGUGGUUCGUUUGAUGUUGAAUGGAAAUGUGUAGAAAGUGAUACUGAACAAGUAACCAAAACUACUGAGUCAUUUCUACAAUUAAGUUGUUUUAUAUCUCAAGAUGUCAAGUAUAUGCAUUCUGGUUUGAAAAAUAGAAUGCAAGAACAUAUCACCAAACACUCUCCUAUCCUUGGUAAAGAUGCUGUUUUUACAAAGACAUCAAAAAUCAAUAGACUGCCAGCAUACCUGACUAUUCAAUUUGUGCGAUUCUUUUACAAAGAAAAAGAUAAGAUUAAUGCAAAAAUCUUAAAAGAUAUUAAAUUUCCAAUCGAAUUUGAUGCAUUUGAAUUGUGUACUCCAGAACUACAAGAGAAACUUGUACCAGUUAGAAGCAAAUUCAAGGAGUUAGAAGACAAAUUAGCUCAUGAAGGUGUAAAGCCUAACGCAAAACAGUUGGCAGAAUCAAAACAAGAAGAAAAACCCACAGCUCCAUAUUGGUUUGAAGACGAUUAUGGUUCAAAUAACUCUGGUUACUACUCCCUUCAGGCCGUCUUAACACACAAAGGUAGAUCGAGCUCUAGUGGCCAUUAUGUUGGAUGGGUUCGACAGUCCCCAACAUCUGAAAGAUGGAUCAAAUGUGAUGAUGAUACAGUAACACCAGUUACAACUGAAGAUAUCCUUAAACUUUCGGGGGGAGGUGAUUGGCAUUGUGCAUAUGUUCUUCUUUAUGGUCCAAAACUCCUACCACUGGAAAAUUCAUCUGUAUCUAGCUGA